AGAUGAAUAACUUCCUAUAUCAUCCCGGGACAGUGUGGUUGGGGUUAGAGGUCAGAAACCGAGACCGACUCCCCGUUUCUUUACGGUUCUGCUGUUGCAUCCCGGGACAAUGUGACCCUGCCUGCACGGAUCACCUUCAUUAAGCUGGUUGGAAACCUUUACGAAAGUUUUUGUUCUUGUUUCGGUCGACGUGCACGGUUGAACGUUUCAAGAGAAGUGCCCACACAGCGUCCCCCGGUUUAGACGGCAGCGGGAGCUCCAUCGAGCCAUGCGACAGUGGUGCCUUCCGGCUGCGGCACCGCGAACCGAGCCUCUGCCCACAGGGCGCCUCUCACCCGCGCUGUCAGAUGCCAGGAUGGAGUGUUGUGAGGUGGAGCCACGCUAUACCAUCGAGCAGAUCGACCUCCUUCAGCGUCUCCGUCUCUCAGGGAUGACCAAGCCACAGAUCAUCCAGGCUUUAGCAUCCCUAGAGCGGCUCGAUCCCGACCAUCGGCCCCCGUACUGCAACGACACCCACACCGCCAUCCCCACAACCAACACUACCCCUACCACAGCCUCCGCCCCAGCCCCCUCCUCCUCCUCCUCCUCCUCUUCUUCCUCCCUCUCCUUGGCCUCCGUCACCACGCAGACACCCGGGCUGGAUGGCGCCUCCCUGUCGCCUAGCAACAGCUACGAAACCUCGCCCCCGCCGCUGUUCCCCCCAGCAGUCGGAGUUCAGAGGUCAUUCAGCUAUGACAUGGCGGAGGAGGACUGGGACCUGGAGGAGAAGGUAGAGGAGUAUAUGAGGAGGGACAGUAACCUGGUGAAGGAGGAGAUUAAAACCUUCCUCAACAACCGCAGGAUCUCCCAGGCCAUCGUGGGACAGGUCACAGGUAUCAGUCAGAGUUACAUCUCCCAGUGGUUGCUGCAGCAGGGCUUGGAGAUGAGCGACUCCAAACGCAGAUCUUUCUACCGCUGGUACCUGCUAGAGAAGAACAACCCAGGGCUGAGGUGGAGUGAAAGCCAGCAUGGCCCGGCGGGUCUGGGCGAGGGGCUGCGUGGUCUCGGCCAGGGGCUGGGCCAAAACCUGGGCUCUGGCCCCAGGGCAGCCAGGGGAGGGGACAGAGACGUCACGGCGACGGGCAACGCCGCCACGGCCACUACAGCCGCGACCGCCUCCACCACCUGGGGCAGACAGAGAGAACUGCUGAUGCACCUGCUGCCAUGGUACACUGCAGCCUCCUCACAGCCAGGUGCUACCUUAUCGAUGCGCUCCCUGGUGAAGGAGGAGCCUGAUUGGAGGACGGGGGUCAGCCCUGGGGAGAGGGGCGGGAUGGUUGGCGGUCCUCUUAGGCUGCGGAGGGGAAGCAGGUUCACCUGGAGGAAGGAGUGCCAGUCCAUCAUGGAGAGCCGUACUGAGAAUUCGGAAAAGGAUGAAAGCCAACUGUCCAAUAAUCUAGAACAGAGCUGUGUGGACAUGUUUUUGGAGUCUGAGUGCUUUCCUCUACUAGGGCCAGUGGUCCCCAACCCUGGUCUGGGCUGGAGAGCUAUGCUAGAGAGCUAUGCUAGAGAGCUGGGCUGGAGAGCUAUGCUGGAGAGCUAUGCUGGAGAGCUAUGCUAG